AUGAGUGCUCCAGCACCUGCCCCUGCUUAUAAAAUUGGAAUUGUUAAGCAGGUAUUAUCGGGAGAUACCAUCGUUAUAAGGAGACAGCCACAAGGAGGUCCGCCGCCAGAGAAAGUGAUCGCCCUUUCAGGCAUCACUGCACCUAAACUAGCGCGUCAAAGAACUGCCAACAAUGAUUCUGAAACAAAAGACGAACCGUUUGCAUGGGAAGCGAGGGAGUUUUUGAGAAAAAAGUUGGUCGGAAAGGAAGUCAUCUUCACCGCUGAGAAACCACCAAACUCUGCUACUCGGGAAUAUGGAUCUGUUUGGGCGGGGAAGGAUCCCACUAAAGAUGAAAAUAUGACCGAAGCCCUGCUGGCUGAGGGUUUUGUUAAAGUUAGGGAAGGUGGUCGUAACAUUCCUCAGUUGAAGAGGCUUGUUGAAAUCGAAGAAACGGCCAAAUCCCAAGGCAAAGGUAUUUGGGGAACUGACUUGCAGAAUCAUGUUCGUGACAUAAAAUGGAGUGUGGAAAAUCCGAAACAAUAUGUGAACAAAUUUAAUGGUACACCUAUUAAAGCUAUCAUAGAAUAUGUAAGAGACGGAUCCACUGUAAGACUUUGUCUGCUGCCCGACUACAUACCCGUUACACUCAUGCUAUCGGGAAUUAGAUGUCCAGCUGUAAAGCAAGAUGGUGAUUCAGAGCCUUAUGCCGAAGAAGCCAGAUUCUUCCUGGAAUCCAAAUUGCUUCAGAAAGAUGUUGAGGUGGUCCUGGAAUCAGUAAACAACAACAACUUCGUCGGAACAAUUCUACAUCCACAAGGAAAUAUUGCUGAGGCUUUGCUCAGACAAGGUUUUGGUAGAUGUGUAGAUUGGUCUCUCGCUGUCAUGAAAUCUGGUGCCAUGACACUCAGACAAGCUGAGAAGGCAGCUAAAGAAGCUAAACUUCGCAUCUGGACUAACUACGUCAGUACGGCACCCGUCAUUCCCGCUAAGGAUAAAGAAUUCACAGCCACCGUAAUGGAAGUUGUCAAUGGUGAUGCACUCGUAGUCAAAAUGCCUUCUAAUGUGCAAAAGAAAAUAUUCUUGGCUAGCAUUAGACCUCCACGUGAAAAGAACAGCCCAGAUGAGGAAGGCAAGCAGUCACCCAGGCCUAAGGGAUUCAAACCUCUGUAUGACAUACCUUGGAUGUAUGAAGCACGUGAAUUCCUCAGAAAGAAACUCAUUGGAAAGAAAGUUAAUGUCACAAUAGAUUACAUCCAGCCAGCCAAAGACAACUUCCCUGAAAAAACUUGUUGCACUGUUAUGGCCGGAGGAGUUAAUAUUGCAGAAGCCUUGGUCAGCAAAGGCUACGCCAUAGUUGUCAGAUACAGAAAUGAUAAUGAUCAAAGGAGCUCUCAUUACGAUAAGUUGCUAGAAGCUGAACAGAAAGCCAUGAAGGCUAAUCUCGGAGUUUACGCCAAGAAAGAUAUACCGACCCAUCGCAUACAAGACACAAGCGGUGACUCCGCCAAGGCGAAAAAGUUCUUCCCCUUCUUAAAGAGGGCCCAAAAAACAGAAGCGGUCGUUGAGUUCGUUGCGAGCGGCUCUCGUAUGAGGCUUUACGUGCCAAAGGAGUCUGUGCUCGUGACAUUCUUACUGGCUGGCAUCAAUUGCCCAAGAGGUGCUCGCCCCGCUAUCGGCGGCGGCGGCAUGCAAGAAGCUGAACCGUUCGGUGAAGAAGCACUUCAAUUCACUAAGGAGAAGUGUCUCCAACGCGAUGUUAUUGUGUCUAUCGAGGAGAUGGACAAAGCUGGUAACUUCAUCGGCUGGCUCUGGGUUGACAACGAAAACAUCUCCAUAUCGCUCGUCGAACACGGACUCGCUACCAUGCACCACACCGCUGAGACCUCGGAAUACGCGCGAGUCAUCAAGAACGCUGAGGAGAGCGCGAGCAAGAAACGCAUCGGCAUCUGGAAGGAUUACGUUGAAGUUGAGAAGGAAAUUGAGAAAGAACGCAACGCACCGAUGCAGGACCGUGUAGUGAAGUAUGAGAAGGUGGUUGUAACGGAGGUCACGCCGGAGGGUACGUUCUUCUCACAGAACAUUGAAUUAGGAAACAAACUCGAGACCUUGAUGGAGAAGAUUCACCAGGAGUUCACUAACAAUGCACCGCUGCCCGGAUCUUACGUGCCUAGGAGGGGACAAAUCUGCGCGGCUCGCUUCACUCUGGACGACCAGUGGUACAGAGCCAGGGUCGAGAAGCUCCUCGAUGAUAAGAUGGCUCAAAUAUUCUACAUCGACUAUGGAAACAGAGAGGUGGUAAGCCAAACCAGACUGGCUCUACUGCCGGCGGGCACGGAGUCUGAGCCGCCGUACGCCACCGAGUACUCGCUGGUGUGCAUCAAGUUCCCCGCGGACGCUGACGACAGACUAGAAGCUGUGCGAGCCUUCUCUCUGGACACACUCAACAAGAAGCUGCUGCUGAACCUCGAGACGCGCGGCUCACCGCCGGCCGUGACGCUCGUCGAGCCCACCACUAACACUGAUAUUGGAAAGAACCUGAUCAAGGAGGGUCUAGUAUUGAUGGAGAGCAUCCGCGACCCCCGCCUCAGCGGGCUGGUGGCCGAGUACCGCCUCGCCCAGGAGCACGCCAAGAGCUCGCGGCUCAACCUGUGGCGGCACGGUGACAUCACCGAGGACGACGCCGUAGAGUUCGGAGCGCGUCGCUAG